AGUAAAAAAAGAAUCAAGUUCAAAAUAGGGUGCCCUAAAUAAUCUUACUAUAUAUACGCCUUUACGGAGCCGCAAUGUAGUAACGCAGCUUUCAUCGAAAAAUUGCAGAUCAUCUUCGGCCGGAACAAAGAGAAUUUCGAUCUUGACGGAAAGUUUUAAAUCGAGGAUCGUUCAGAUUUGAUCAAAAUGGCAGAGGAAGAAAACCAAAUUGAGAUGAAGGAGGAAGCAACUGAUCUUGCUCCUUUUGACCCUUCAAAAAAGAAAAAGAAAAAGAAGGUCGUGAUCCAUGAUCCUGCUGAUGGUCCUGUGGAACAGUUAGCUGAGAAAACUGAAAGCCUCUCAGUUUCUGAAGGUCUUGAACCCACAUUUACUGGUUUAAAAAAGAAGAAAAAGAAACAGGCUGAAACUAUCCCUUUGGAAGAGGAGAAAGAAAAUGAAGGCGAAGAUGUUGACUAUCCUAUUGGAGAAGAUGAGGAAGGAGAAGGAAUUGUUCUACAAGAACAAAAACUUCCAUGGGAAGGGACUGAUCGUGACUACAUAUAUGAAGAGCUUUUGGGGAGAGUGUUCCAUAUUCUUCGUGAGAAUAACCCUGAGCUUGCUGGAGAUAGAAGAAGAACAGUCAUGAGGCCACCACAAGUUCUUCGUGAAGGAACAAAAAAGACUGUGUUUGUGAAUUUUAUGGACCUUUGCAAAUCCAUGCAUAGGCAGCCAGAGCAUGUUAUGACCUUUUUGCUGGCAGAAUUGGGUACAAGUGGAUCACUUGAUGGGCAGCAAAGAUUGGUUGUGAAGGGAAGAUUUGCUCCAAAAAAUUUUGAGGGGAUUCUGAGGCGAUAUGUCAAUGAGUAUGUUAUCUGCAAUGGUUGCAAGAGUCCAGACACAAUUCUUUCAAAGGAGAAUCGUCUCUUCUUUCUCAGAUGUGAAAAGUGUGGUUCUGGAAGAUCUGUUGCUCAAAUCAAGGCUGGUUUUGUGGCUCGCGUUGGCCGCAGAAAGGCUGGGACAUAGUUCGAGUCUGGUUAGAUCUUGUUGGAGUUGCGAUUACUUUGUGUGUAACAGCUUAUUUUACCAUAAUGCCAUUGAGAUCCUAUCUUAUCUUA